UGAGCUAGAGCGAGAGAGUGUGUGAGGGCUGCUUCUGCUGCUAUCAUCAUCGUGCGGCGAUUGCCCCCGAUUUCGACGACGACGAAGAAGAAGAAGAAGAAGACUGAGGAUUCGUCCUUCAUGUCCGUUUACUUCGCUCUUUCUCUUUCUUGUUGGAUGUGAGAUUGUGUUACUUGUUAUGGCGGGCAAUACACUCUCUUCUUCCAUGCGGUGACAUGUCCAGAUUCGUCACUACCCAGUUGGAAUUUCUUGCCCUGUCGGUCUGUGACGCAAAUCCGAAUUCAAAGGCGACCAACGACCGAAGUCGACCGGACGUGGAACUGGGUCGGAGGUUUUUGUGAGGAUUCGGGCUGGCAGGUGGUUUGAUCACGAAGCCAAACAUGUGGGUUUGCAAUGCGUGUUAGGGCCAGGUUUCGAGUGCGCCGAGAGAUUUUAGUUAAGGGUUGUGGUGUUUUGUACGAGCUCAAUAGCGUUUUGAAGUGGGGAGGGGGAGGAGGGGGCGAUUUGUCGUUUUGGGUGUAUUCCCGUGGCGAGGUGAACCAGUCGCUUGAAGGAGUUAAUCCAGGGAUUUGUGUUGGCGAUCCUCGGAUUUGCCGCAUUUUUUUUUGGGUUUAUUUUUGACGUAGUGCCCUUGCUCUGUUUAUUGUUUUAGAAUAUCGAGUCAGUCUUGUGCUUUAGGGCACUUCGACUUUCACAGUUGAUAUUUUUGCGGUGUCUCCGUAGUCAUGGGUAUGCAUUUCUAGAAUGCUUUCGGGGGGGGGGGGGGAUGAUGCGGCGAUAGAAUCAAGUGAGUGAUAUUGCUCAUCGUAACAGGUGGUGUUGGGAUUGUAUCGCCUGAGCUGUAAGGCGAUGGUCUGGUUGGGAUGAUACGCAGCACGGAGAAGCUUGAGUUCAGGAAUGGCCCUUCAAAGGCAAGGAAGUGGGACUUGGCCGAUGGGGAUAAAUGCGUCCUCAAAUGGAGACCAUAAGGUUGUGGGUAUUCUAAGACCCUCCCCGGGUCAUUCUAGAAUGUAUGAUGGCGGGAGAAGUGAUCAAAAUGGUUUAAGAGGCAGCAAUUUGAAGAACAUCUCUAGGUUAGCGAAAGUGAAGCGGGCGUCACAUUCGUGGAGGUUUCUGCCCUGUUCGGUACCAUGCAUAUUGGUUGUUUGUUUACUUGGAUUGGUGGCUUCAGUUUUCAUCAGCCAUGCAAUUUCACAUGCUCUCGUAGGUGAUAGAAGUUUUCCUCAACAAAACGAAAAUGAUGGGCAGCAAUCAGGUGGUGAUAAUUCUGGCGGUGUUGCAGUUGUUUGGAUCGACAAUGGUGGUAUUCGCAAAGAUGGGGGUGGUAACCAGGAUUACAACAGACAAGACGUGCAAAAAAAACCAGAAAGUGGUAGCUUAUAUAACGAACGAGGUCGAAAUGAACUAGUAGAAAUUGGAGCUCGUAUUGAAGAUCGGUUAGAUCAAAAAGAGGAAUUACAUCUGGAGAAGUUGCAGCCUGAGUUCGAUGAAUAUGACGAUGACGGAGGCGAACUGGAGGUGGAGAAAAAGCUUGAGGUAGUCGAUAGCAACGACGAGUCCAGGCGGGUUGUGGGUCUCAAAGGAGAAGCGGGUACUAUCCAAGCUGAUGCUGAGGGUGUCAAGUCUGUGAUUGACAAACUUGAAGAUCAAAGAAGUGAAACAAGUACUUCAAAAUAUCUCAACGCAGGUGUCGGUGAUGUUCAAGUGGAUAAUCGUGACGACUUUCAGAAGUCACUUGUGCAGAAGCAUCCAAGGACAAAGAAAAGGCGGCAUACUGCAACUCCACCUUGCGAGAUCGACUUUCUACCAACAACGGAAGGGCUUGAAGAGCCUCAGGAAGAUGCAGCCUUUGUGAAUAUCUCUUUGAGCUAUGUUCAGAGUGAAGUACGUCCUUUGAGGGACCCGAACUGGGUCGCGAAGUUCGGAGGCCAUCAAUCCCUAGAGGAGAGAGAAAAGUCCUUUUAUGCAGAAGAUCAGACACUACACUGUGGAUUUGUCAAGGCUCCCGAUGGAGAACCGUGGACUGGAUUUGAGUUGAGCGAGAGUGAUAAAGAAUAUCUUGACACUUGCCACAUUGCAGUCUCUUCUUGCAUCUUUGGCGCUUGGGACAAUUUGAGAACUCCCACAAACAAGAAGAUGUCAAACUCCUCCAAGGCAAGGGUGUGUUUCGUGAUGUUUGUGGACCAGAAGAGCCUGGAUGCCAUUAAACAGGAUGGACAAACACCCAAUGAUAAGGGUAUUCUUGGCUUGUGGAAAAUUGUUCUCAUAAAGAACUUACCAUAUCAAGAUGGACGAAGAAAUGGCAAAAUUCCCAAGCUCUUGACACAUCGAUUAUUUCCUAAUGCCAGAUACUCCGUAUGGUUGGACAGCAAACUUCGCCUCCAUGCUGAUCCACUUUUGAUUUUAGAACGUUUCUUGUGGCGGGGGGACCACGAGUAUGCUAUUUCCAAUCAUUAUGACCGACAUUGUGUGUGGGAAGAAGUAUCACAGAACAAAAAGUUGAACAAGUUCAACCACAGCAUCAUUGAUGAGCAGUUUCAGUUCUAUCAGCGAGAGGGGCUUCCGCGCUUUAACAAAUCGGAUCCGAAUCGUUACCUACCAAGUCAUGUUCCUGAGGGCUCGUUCAUAGUUAGGGCGCACACCCCCAUGGCCAACCUUUUCUCUUGCCUUUGGUUUAAUGAAGUGGAACGCUUUACACCGCGUGAUCAGUUGAGCUUUGCUGCCACUUACAUAAAGCUUGUCCGAAUUAAUCCUACCAAAAAGUUUCGGCUCAACAUGUUCAAGGAUUGUGAACGGAAGGCAAUGGCAAAGUUGUUUCACCACAGGUUGGACGCUGUCGCUGCUACAGCCCGUACUUGAUACCAGGUGUAGGGAUGACUUUGCCGACGCACUUCUACAGACUGUUCUUGGAAGCUGGAAUCCACUGUUACAUCGAUUUUUUUCAAAAUCAUUAUACACCUGUAAUGUAGGCAAGAGUAAAUUAGCAACCUCUACCAAUUGGUUAGUCAGGCCGAAAAACUUGGCCAUCACUCAAAGUUUUCUUUGUGCAGCAUUCACAUUUUCGUGGGAUGUAACUUGAAGAUCGAAGGAAUGAUCGUUGGGUGGUUUUCACUCCACGAGUUUGUAGCAGAUGCCUUGAUUUUGCUGAGCUCCACAUGCUAGAUUGCCUGCAUCGAUUCUCGCAGUGAAUCUGCGAAAUCUGGAAAACUCUGUGUUGACCAGACUCAUGUCACACGAAGAUUACGUGCUGUAUCAUAACCAGCAGCGAUGUGUUGAUGAUUGUUGUCUCAGUGCGAGAAAUCGACAUUCUUUUGCUGGCAACUGUAUGUGACUUUAGUUUUGGUAUGAGCUUCUUUUUUUUUGUUUUUUAAAAAUAAGAGCUGGAAUCGCCUUUUAAAGCUUGUGUUGCCUGAUUCUACAAUGGAACAGAUUAGAUAGAUAUACUUAGGUUGAUUUAUUGUCAGGUCCUAUUUAUAAAUAUGUAAUUUAUUAUGACAACUUAAAUUUAACUAUUUAUUGACAAA